GAUCAAUCUCUAACCAUCUCAGCUAUGUGCCGAUUUUUGUUUUCUGUUUGCACAUUUGGACUUUUUUUUGAAUGUUUCAGUCACCAUGUUUCUGCCAGAUUUACUGAUGAAUCAUCAAGCAACAGGGCUAAUGCAUCUUCGAGACACACCAGAGGAGUCGAUACCCCCUCUCCUAUCGACUGUAAACUCAAGAGCUGGACGGCCUGGUCACCCUGUAACUCAUGUAGCGACAGGAUGUUUCGCUUCCAGUACUUGGAACGGCCGUCUCAGUUUGGUGGUCAGCAGUGUGUUCACAGUCAGUGGGACGAAAGACUAUGUCCACAAGAGGACGAGUGCCAACUCCAAGAGGACCACUGUGGGGACAUGUUUGCUUGUGGGCCCGCUGGACGUUGUAUUGGACAGCCGCUCCGUUGCAAUGAUGAAAUAGACUGUGUAAAUCAGAAAGAUGAGAUUGACUGUGAAGUGUUGAAUAAAAGAGAAACCAAGUGUACCGACAUGUUGAUCAUACCAGGAGCAGAUAAAGCCACUCGAGGAUAUAAUGCUUUAACGGGAGAUUUUAUGAAUCAUGUUCUGGACCCGAGAUACUUUGGAGGUGUUUGUGAAUACAUCUAUAAUGGAGAGUGGCGGAAACUCACGUAUGAUCCUUUCUGUGAACACCUCAGUUAUGAUGAUGCUGAAAAAUAUUACCGGAAACCAUACAACUUCCUCACAUAUCAGAUAAUGGCACAAGCAACUACUGAGGAAGCCUCAGAAUAUUUUGAGGAUGCUGUCAGCUUUCUCAGAGCAAGCCAGAAAGAAGGAUCCUUCAACUUGGGUAUAACACUGAGAGUCUCUUUUGUGGAAGUUGGUCUGGAAGGUAGUGACCAUCACAAGUUUCUCAGCAACAUAUCACAAUACAAUAACAAGGAGAUGGGUUUUGUCAGGCUGCUGUCAACAGUGCAAACGGCUCAGUUUAAGAUGAGAAGCAGAGACUUGACUCUGGAUGAGGACAUGCUCUGGGCUCUGGGGGAUCUGCCAGAUCAGUACAGUUUUGGUGCAUAUUCCGAUUUCUUCAAUCAAUUUGGUACACACUAUGUCACAGAGGGAACCAUGGGUGGGGUCGUUGAUUAUGUUGCUGUUGUGAACAAGAAUGCCAUGGAAAGAAAUGAAAAAUCUGGGCAAGAGAUUGGAGGGUGCAUUGGUGGUUCUUUGGGCCUGACAUUGAACAAAAAGGUCAAAAUUAAAGCAAAAGCAAAAUCAUGUCAAAAAGAUGCAACAAUGGAUGAGAUUCGUGAUCAGUCCAACGGUGCUAUUCAGGAUGUCUUGGGCUUUGUGAAGGGUGGAGACACAGGCUCCAGCAGUGGAAGUUUGGGUAUCAGAGAUGCCAAAAGUUAUAAGCAUUGGGGGAAGAGUCUCAAAUAUAACCCUGCGCUAAUUGAGUUUGAGAUUGCACCGAUAUACGAGUUGGUCCGCUUAAGCACAUCAGCCGAGCAGCUGCGCACGAAGUUGCCCCACCUGAAGAUGGCGUGGGAAGAGUAUAUGGAGAACUUCAACCCAUGUCACUGUGCCCCCUGCAUGAAUAAUGGCGUCCCCAUGCUCUCCAGGACAGCGUGCAGUUGUAUAUGUAAAAGUGGAUACAGAGGUAAUGCCUGUGAGGAGACUGAAAGAAAAGGUCCCACACAUGGAGUCUGGAGCUGCUGGAGCCCCUGGUCCCCGUGUGUGUCGGGAGCAAAGACACGGACACGAGAGUGCAACAAUCCCCCGCCUAAAGACGGUGGUCUGGCUUGUCAAGGAAGCAGUAAUCAGAAGAGAAGUUGUUAAGAAUCUGACAGUUUUCUUACACAAUACCACUUCUGUCU